AUGGUUCCAUUGGUGUUGCUACUUUUCCUUCACUGCUCUGAUGGACAGGCUCCUCAGCCUGAACAGAUUCACAUUUCAGCUACAGAAUAUCGUUGUGGAGGAUAUGAUGGUUGGAGUUCACUGUUUGCUUUCAAUGCUUUAAAGUCUGGUGAGGACUGGAGUCCAAGGAUUGCAUUUUAUGGAGAUAUGGGAACUACGAAUGCUAAAUCUAUUAGCUAUUUGCAGGAAGAUGCUCAAAAUGGAAAAUAUGAUGCCAUACUUCAUGUGGGUGACUUUGCAUAUGAUCUGUUUGAGGAUGAAGGACGAAAUGGAGAUGACUUUAUGAAUGAAAUUCAAGAGAUUGCUGCCUAUGUUCCCUAUAUGACGUGUCCAGGAAAUCACGAACGUUACUACAACUUUUCCCACUACAAGAACAGGUUCUCAAUGCCAGGAAAUACCCAAGGGGUUUUUUACAGCUGGAAUAUCGGUCCAGCACAUAUCAUCAGUUACUCUACAGAAGUCUACUUCUGGUUGCAGUUUGGAAUUGAACAGAUUGUUCAGCAGUAUGAUUGGUUGAUCAGAGACCUGCAGGAAGCAACACUGCCUGAGAACCGCAGUAAACGUCCCUGGAUCAUCACCAUGGCUCACAAACCAAUGUACUGCAGCAAUGAUGAUAGUGAUGACUGUACUAGAACCAACAGCAUAAUUCGCACAGGAUUAACCUCGAAGCAUUUGUGGCCUUUGGAAGAGUUGUUUUACAAAUAUGGUGUAGAUAUGAUGUUGGAAGCUCAUGAGCACUCCUAUGAACGACUGUGGCCCAUUUACGACAUGCAGAUUUGCAAUGGGUCUUUGGAGGAGCCAUACACCAAUCCCUGUGCCCCAGUUCAUAUCGUCACUGGGUCAGCGGGAUGUUAUUCUAAGCAUGACCCUUUCAAGAAAGAGAAACCAUACUGGACAGCUUUCCGCACUGAGAAUUAUGGUUUUUCGCAGAUGACAAUCUUUAAUAAGACGCACAUUGGCAUACAGCAAGUUGACGUCGAUCUGGGAGGAAAAGUUGUCGACGAAAUAAUGCUGAUAAAGGAUGUCCAUGGACCAGAAGCAUGGGUUAGGAAGGACGUGAAGAAUUGAAAUCUAAGGAAAACAGCGAUUUUACAUUAAUCCCAUGUCCGAAUCUUGCACCUUAUGCAGGAAUGAUUUUUUUUUCUCAUUUGUAUGAAUGUACUUGUGACUUUAGUUUUGAAAAGAAAAAAACGAUUUUUAAGUUAGUACGAGAAUCUGUAAGUAGGGGUGUUCAAUAAAAAAGGAUGGUUACAGUUGAUUUUAAGCAGCUGGCCAUAGAAGAGCCAGUUAAAGGUUGAAAUUGUAAUUGUUGUGGUUGAGUUUUCAGACUGGUACCUUUAUGCUUAGGAAGCAAACGAGGCCUACCUUGGACAUAAAUUGUGAUAAUCAUUUAUUGUACUUAAUGUAUUGUAAAUCAUGUAGCAUAGUUCUGUCAGCAUUUAACGUCAGUAUAGUUUUUUUACUUUCGACUAAAUUUUGUAACUUUGGAUACUAGUGAUCAACAUGACUUUGACGCGAUAAAAAUUACAAAAAAAAAAUGAAAUCGCGAAUUUCUAAAUUUCUUUGGAUGAAUUGUCUACUCACUGUCCACCACAGUCUAAAUUUUUGCGUUUAUCAUAGUGCAUAGGCAGAAAACUGUAAUUUACCUUAUCGAGGCAGGGUGUAAAGCUAAUAGAGUUCACUUCAUUACCUUAGAGAUUGUGAUUUUGUGCAUCAACAAAAAAAAUUAACAUUUUAAGUUUAUGUGUGAAAUAUAAAGUUGGCUUUUAAAAGGAGUUGUGAAGUCUACAUUUCUUGGUGUUACGAAACAUCCAUGUGAAUAAAACGGUUGAAAUUGUA